AUGUCUUGGCAAGCGUACACCGACAAUCUUUUAGGCACUGGCAAGAUUGACAAAGCGGCCAUUUACUCCAGAGCUGGUGACUCUUUAUGGGCCGCUUCCGGAGGCUUGAACCUGCCUGCCAACGAGAUCACAGAAGUCGCAAAUGGUUUUGAGAAUCCUGCAGGGCUACAAAGCUCUGGCUUACAUUUGCAAGGCCAGAAAUUCAUGCUCAUUAGAGCCGACGAUAGAAGUAUUUACGGUAGGCAUGAUGCUGAAGGUGCCAUCUGCGUGCGUACCAAGCAAACUAUCUUGGUUGCUCACUAUCCACCCGGAGUUCAGGCUGGUGAGGCUACAAAGAUUGUCGAACAACUUGCCGAUUACUUGAUAAGCGUUUCUUACUGA